AUUGUUUCACUAUAUAAAAACCUUAUCGUUUGAAAUAAUAAAAAACUUUGUAUUGUGUGAAUACAUUGUCUAGAAAAUUUGAAAUGUCUAUUGCAAAAUUAUUGACUUUAUUUUUGAUAGUUAAAGGCUCAAUUGCUGAUGAAGCUGAUUGGAGCUAUGAAAAUCCAGAUGAUUGGAAAACUAACUACCCUGACUGUGGAGGUGAAAAUCAAUCACCAAUUGAUCUAGUAGAAAACGAUACAAUUCAAUUUGGUGCUCUCGAUUUAGACUGGAAAAAUUAUGAAAAACUACCAAAAUCCGUUAAAGCUGUUAACAUUGGACGAUCAGUUCAGCUUGAUAUGGAAUGGAAUGAGGAUGAAAUUCCAUCAAUCACAUCAAGCCUAUUCGAUGGUGAAUAUGUUUUUGCUCACUAUAAUUUUCACUGGGGAGCAAAUGACGAUUCUGGAAGUGAACACACUUUUGAUGGCCACUCCUUUCCAUUCGAAGGUCAUAUGAUACACUAUAAAAAAGAUUACGGUUCAUAUGAUGAAGCAAUUGAGAAAAAAGAUGGACUUGUUGCUAUUGCUGCACUUGGUAGAUUUCCUGACGAAGACGAAGAUUCAAAAAAAGUAGUUUUACAAUCAAUUACUCCUCAUAUUGAUGAUAUCAAAGAAGUAGGAGGUUCAGCUGUAAUUGACCCUUUUCCAUUGACCGAUUUUCAUGUGGUUUAUUCAGGAACCGAUUUUGUUUCUUAUAAUGGAUCGAUGACAUUUCCGAAAUGCUCUGAAGUUGUUACUUGGAUUGUAGCAGUAGAUAAAUUUGCAAUGCCUAAAGAUCAGUUGGAAAUAUUGAGAACAGUUAAACUAACAAAAGAAGUAGAUCACAAUAAUCGACCAGUCCAGCCAAUUAAUAAACGAAAAGUUUAUGUCUUUAGUGCACGAAAUGAUCCUCCUAUAAAAAAAGAAAUAGAAAAUGACAACAUUAUUGACGAAAACCUAGAAUCACCAAAUCCAGAUGAAAAUAAAGAGGAAAGCCCAAAAGGAGAAGAAUAAAUUCGAGAAUUUAAAAUAUUUUAAAAAAUAAAUUAAAAAACUUUUAUUAAAAUUUAAAAUAUUGCAAUGUUUGACCAAAAAUCAUUUCAUGAGUUUUUUUUUAUAUUUAUAAAUGACAUCUGUAUUUUAUUAUGAAAAUUAAAUUUACAAUGUUGUAUUAAAAAUUUCUAUUGAUAUUUAAAAAAUAUAAAUAAAAUAUUUAUGAUGAUUAACAAUAAAAAAA